CAUCACAGAACUUUCCAUUAACUUUUUACCCUUUCUUUUAAUUUUCAUGUCUUUCAUUUCAAUUUCUAUGUUGUUAUCUCUUUCUUUGAUUGUUUUGGCAAAUGGGUUUGUUUUAGGUUUCCAUUUCAAGAUCUGGGUCGUGGAUUAACUUUGGGAAUUUCUUUAAACUUUUUUUUUUUUUAUCUUUUUUGUGUGAUUGAUUUGCUCUUGCUUGUAAUUUCCCCCUUUUCUUCAUACCUUUUUGCUCAACAAUUCUGGGAAUCUCUCAUUCUUUCCUUUUUUCUUCACUUUUCCCCAAUGUUCAUAUUCUCUCCCUUUAACCAGCUGCGUUGCUCUUACUAUAGAGACUUAGUUUUUUAAUGAUAUAAAAGAAUUCACAAUUGUAUAUAGUUAUCUUAACCUAGAAGCAACACUUUUGGGAUAAGCCUGCAAGUGAUAAAUUAUAACUUUGGACCAUUAAUUAUUAUUAUGAUUGUCAGAGACAUGAUAUACCAAGUUGAAACAUUUUGUUCGGGGUAAAAGGUUCUGAAAAGAAAAGAGAAAAGGCUGAUUUUUAUGAAUAUGAAGUCUAGGGCUUGUUGGUGUUUCAGUUUUCUCUAAACAAGCUGGUGAAAGAUUGUUUUUUUCUUUUUUCUUUUGGUAUCAAACUCCAGAGGUUAUAUUUUGCUCCAAUUAAGGUUUUCCACAUAGAAAGCUGCGUGAAACAAUGUACAGUGAGGGUUAUACUGCUGAAGUUACAAGCUUGUCACCUAAAGCCACAGAGAAUGAUGUUUAUGAUUUUUUCUCCCAUUGUGGCGCGGUCGAGCACGUAGAAAUCCUCAGAUCGGGCGAUUAUGCAUGUACUGCUUACGUGACCUUCCGAGAUGCUUUUGCUUUGGAAACUGCUAUAUUGCUUAGUGGGGCUGAAAUCCUUGAUCAAUGUGUGUUCAUAUCGCGGUGGGGAACAUACAUAGAUGAAUCAGAUACUUGGAACAGCCAUUCACAUAUAACCAACGACAAUACAAGCUUAAUGGUGACAGAAAUAAUGCAUUCUGUUCACACACCAGGGGAGGCUGUAACUAUGGCUCAACAAGUAGUGAAAACAAUGCUAUCAAAGGGAUAUGUUUUAACCAAAGAUGCACUUGUAAAGGCUAAAGCUUUUGAUGACUCUUGUCAAGUCUCAGCUACAGCAGCAGCAAAAGUUUAUGAGCUUAGCAACAGGAUUGGACUCACCGAGACAAUUCAUGCUGGCAUGGAAACCGUUAAGUACAUCGACGAGAAGUUUCACGUUUCCGAUAUCACCAGAUCCGCUGCAGCAGUAACUGGAACAGCGGCUGUGGUGGCGGUGACAGUGACAGGGAAAGCCGCAAUGGCAGCAGGUAAUGCUGUAAUAAACAGCAGCUACUUUGCGAAGGGUGCGCUUUGGGUUUCGGAUAUGUUGAGCCGUGCUGCUAAGGCUGCAGCUGAAGUAGGUAAUAAUAACAGUAAAUAAGAGAAAAGAAAACAAAAACUUCCAAUCAAACCAACAAAAAUAACUUUCAUUCUUUAACGCCAUCAUGAAAAAUAUAAAUAUACUCAAAAUCAGAAUCUUGAUGUGCAUUUUGGUAUGAUUAUAUAUAAGUAAUUAUCACAACUCUCUAUAAACUUGUUUGGGUAAAUAUGGUAGAUACAGCGUUGAACAUUUGAACGAUUUGUUCUCUGUUUUAUAUCACGUUAAAUUGAGAAAUAAUAGUAGUUAAAACUAUGUAUAUAUGUCACACUUAA